AUGUCUACUGAACCAUACAAAAACGUCUAUUUAUUACCACAAACUAACCAACUAUUGGGUUUAUAUUCUAUCAUCAGAGACAAAAGUACAGCUAGACCGGAUUUCAUAUUUUAUUCUGACAGAAUCAUCAGAUUAUUAGUUGAAGAAGGUUUAAACCAUUUACCAGUCACUAGAAAAAACGUCGACACUCACACAAAUGAAGUCUUCAGAGGUGUCGCAUUUAAGGGUAAAAUUUGCGGUGUCUCUAUCGUUAGAGCGGGUGAAUCUAUGGAACAAGGUUUAAGAGAUUGUUGUAGAUCUGUUCGUAUCGGUAAGAUUUUGAUUCAAAGGGAUGAAGAAACUGCUUUACCAAAAUUAUUCUACGAAAAAUUACCAGAAGAUAUUGAAGAUAGAUAUGUUUUCUUAUUAGAUCCAAUGUUAGCCACAGGUGGUAGUGCUAUCAUGGCCACCGACGUUUUAAUUAAAAGAGGCGUUAAGCCAGAAAGAAUUUACUUCUUGAACUUAAUUUGUAGUAAAGAAGGUAUUGAUAAGUAUCACGCUGCUUUCCCAGAUGUUAAGAUCGUCACCGGUGCCUUAGAUAGAGGUUUGAAUGAACAAAAAUAUUUGGUUCCUGGUCUAGGUGAUUUCGGUGACAGAUACUACUGCAUUUAA